UGUCGAAGGUGCCACGUUCUCUGCAUGCAAGCGGCUCUCCUCUCUUUAUAAUCUCACUCUUUCUCAUUCAUCACACAAACAAAAUCACAAGUGAGGUAAAGGUAAAGCUCUCAAAUUUAUCUACAAUGCCAGGCCUUACCAUCGGAGACACCAUUCCUGACCUUCAUGUUCAAACCACUCAAGGCAAAAUCGAGCUUCAUGCCUUCUGUAAGAAUGGUUGGACCGUCCUCUUUUCCCACCCAGGUGAUUUUACCCCGGUUUGUACCACUGAGCUUGCCAAAAUGGCUCAGCAUUCCAGUGAGUUUUAUAAAAAAGGAGUGAAAUUACUGGGUUUAUCCUGUGAUGAUGUUGAAUCUCACAAUGAGUGGAUCAAAGACAUUGAAGCCUACAUUUCAGGUUGCAAGGUGGAUUAUCCAAUCAUCUCUGAUCCCAAGAGAGAAAUCAUCAAGGAACUCAACAUGGUUGACCCUGAAGAGAAAGACUCCACCGGAAACCUACCCUCCAGGGCUCUUCAUAUUGUGGGUCCAGAUCUGAAGAUCAAGCUGAGUUUUCUGUAUCCUGCUACUACUGGGAGGAACAUAGAUGAGGUGCUGAGGGUGAUAGAGUCCUUGCAGAAGGCCUCUCAGUUCAAGGUUGCAACACCAGCGAACUGGAAGCCAGGGGAGUCUGUUGUGAUUUCUCCUAGUGUCACCAACGAGCAAGCCAAAGACAUGUUCCCUCAAGGCUUCGACACAGUCGAUCUCCCAUCCAACAAGGAAUAUUUGCGUCUCACCAAAGUUUGAUUUCCUCUAACAGCGAGGACGAUACAACCUUGUUUUCAUUUCAUGUAUUUUCUGUUUGGUUCAGUGUCUGUUUGUCGUAUCUUUUCUUCACCACAGCAAUUAUCUCGUGCUGUAGCUAUCUGCUUGUUAUCUUUUGUUCACUGCAGCUAUGUCAUACCUCCACCAUGUUUCUUUUAAUUUUAACUAUUUUGUUUUAA